AUGUUUCAGCUGAUUUCCCGUUUAAACAAGUAUGGUCUGUGCCUUGAGCCUAUGAAGAAAUACCCAAUUCUAGAAGACAUUGGAAAGAGUUUUAUAGAUCAUGCAGCAGAGUUGGUGAAGUCUGGACAUAAAUUUGUGUAUGUGUUAGACAACAUUGACUGGGAGGAGAAGGCCCAUGACAUGAGGCAGAAUGUGCAAAACAGGAGUGUUCAUGCUGUGGCAACAAGUAUUGUAUUUAAUCGAGCUUCUGAUGAAGGAUUGCCCGAUUCUGGUCCACAGCAAAGUCUUAAAGAUUGCAAUGUCCACCAGCUGGUGAAUAUCAAUCGACUGGAAUCUGAGGCAAUCAGAAGCAGAUAUAGAAUACUUGUUGCCAGGCUUUUGUUUGAACAUUUUCCUGCUUUUGCAAUAUUCAAGCCAUAUAUACCUGGAGCCACUGAUUGCCAACAAACCAAGAAUAUGUCAGCCAAGUCAGAAGUUGUGACAAUGCCCAUCUUAAUGAAAGAUGAAAAGAAAUAUUCAGAAUGUGUGGAUGUAUUGGAUCAGCUUGAGAAGUGGACGGAAGAAAUAUAUGCAGCUGCUGGGCUAUGUUCCCCCUCAGAACCUGAUGAUGCCGCACCAAGCAUUGGGACCACAUCCAGACCUGAUCAACCAGCCUCACACGUACCACCUGCUACAACUGAUGAUGAUCCUUUACAUGGUGUAAAAAUACCUUGCUUUGGUGAUCAACUCACUCGAGUCAGAUUUGCUGGGGCAAAGGAUCUUAGAGCUGGAUGCCAUUCAGCUAAACAGAGACUGGAUCAUCUAUAUCCGUUUUGUAUUGUCGACUGGCACACCAAAAGAAGUUUUUUGAAGACAGUGUUCAAGAGACUUUACAAGAACUCCGGGAGAGAGAAAGGAACGCUGCGAUUCUUUAGAGAGAAGCUGAACCGACGAAAUGUCACUGUCGACGUAAAGCACUAUGAGGACUGUGAGCAGCUGUUUUACAGUGUUGGUAAGUGUUUUGUGAUUGAGGCCCUUUUGGAAUUUUUCCAAAUGGACGACACAAAACACAAGCCAGCAGCAAACGGUCCUCAUAGUGUUCAUGUAUUGCAAGAAGAAUACAGAAAGAGCUAUAUUGUCCAGGUGCUUGACAAAUUUAUUGAUGAGUUUCUUUUCAUUGAUGAUGAGGAUGUGUAUGAUGAAGAUGAAGAUGGAGACAACAUUGAAGAUGAUGGUGUUUGGAGCUAUGGAAUCAACAUCAUAAAGUGUUUUAUGCUCCUUAAUGAUUUCAAGGAUGCUGUAUCCUCAGGCAAUGGUGAACACCUCCUAAUCCUGCGAAAACAACUGCUGGUUCACUUUUUUGCAACAUCAGGAUUUAAUGAGUUCGCUAUUGAAAUGCUCAUCAAUAUCCUACAGUCCAAAGUGUUGCUCUCAACCGUCGAAGCUCAUCGCUGUAAAUGGGCUGCUACAGUGAAUUGGAAAGGUGGUGCUGGCAAAAAUAUUGAAAUUGAUCUUUCCAAGAAAACAGGAACUGUGAGAUGA